AGUUAUAAAUUGAAAAAUGAAUUACUAGUAAUUAAUAAUAAUAAUUGAAAUUAAAUCUGGCCUGAUUCAAAGUUGCAGUAAAACUGAAAUUAAUAUAUUAACAAAACAUAAUUAAUGGUCUUUGUAAUUUACAGGACGAAAUGUUUGAUGCUUGGAAGAAGAAUGGAAUAGCAGACAAAGGCACCAAAGAAUUUACCAAGGACUCCUACAUUUGUGAAUUACAUUUUAAAAAUGAAGAUGUCAUUAAGGAAGAUGUAUUCAAUGUUAUUGGCGGCCCAACAGUAACUGUGACACGAAAUAGGAAACACUUGCGUAAAAACGCUGUUCCAUGUAUUUUUCCUCCACCUGUUCCGAAACAAACAGAAGAAAAACUGUCGUACUAUCAUGUUUUCAAGCCCACUGUAGAUAUUUCAUCCAAUAAUAUUAAUGACAAGAAGACUGCCUCUGAAAACUCAAUCGACUCACUUGGAAUAUAUGACAACAAACCAGAAUCGGAAAACUCAAAUGCAUCAUACCAAAUACAAGAAUGCAAAAGGCCACAAUCUAAUAAUUCAAACGAGUCCCAUUUGGAAACUGAGACCUGGAUCGUUAUUCAGAAGGAACUGGAAAAUGGGUCUCCUCUUUUCGGAGUGUGGCACUCAAUUAUUGCAAGUACGUGGGUAAUGCUAACCUUAUAUAAGGAUGGUGACAAGUCUCGAGCAAUAUGUGCUCAACGUGUUAAUAUUAACAAGAAUGACAUGAGAGCAAUUGUUUAUAUUGGAGAGAGAGAGAUCGAUGCUUUAGGUGGAAAAAUAGAAACUAUUCAAGAUAUCACAAAUCUAUUAUGGAGAUUACGAAAUGUCUAUACAUGUGUAGAAGUUGGAACAAAAAACAG